GUUUUUCUUGCCGUACUGUAUUUAUUUUUAGCUUCUGGUCUUCUAUUAGAUGACGUAAAUCCCUGUGUCGUUUUGGAUAAAGUAACUGCAACAGUACUGGAAAAUACGUCACAAAAAGUUGGAUUAAAGGGAAUAUGCAACAUAUAAAAUGAUUUUAAAAAAGUAGCCAAAUAGAGACUUUAUUUGUAGCUAGAUAUAAAAUUAUUACAAAUUAAAAUCUUCCAGUAUUAAAUGUUAAGUCGAACACAAAGAAUAAUUUUUUUGAUAACCUAAUUUUUACAUUUUCUUUAUUUUCACAAUAAAUAGGAUCAGGUGGCGCUUUUAUUUUGUUAAACUCGAUAUAAUAUUGCAAAUGUUUUUAACAGAAAGACUGACUAAAUAUUAUUCCCGUUGCUCAGAAUAAUAUCUUUAUUUCCAUUUUUUCAAUCAAGCCCGAAAGAAGUUGCAAAACAAAAUCCUUUCUUUAAAUCAACAAAUGUGAAAAGGUCCAUUUGAAGUUUAAGAUACUAUGAUUUAUGACGUCCCUUUUUCAAAUAUAAAAAAAUGUGUCCUUUGUUUAAUUAAAAUACUGCAUUCUCUUAUUACUGUUGGAAAUAUUUUCUGACUUUUUAUAAAAUACUUUUAUAGUAUAAUCUGUAUGGCAGUAAAGACUCCAGGAAUGUUUAUGGAAACUCCCCGAAUAGCGAAGAGGAGCUUCCCAUUGGUCCGUUAGUUAGUGAGGUGUCAUAUGUCCCAUGCGGCUUUGAACGCAGCUUACUUUACCGAGGAAAAGUGGAUUUUAAUUAGGCAGAAAAGUUUGUAGAAGUAGUUUUAUGAGUCGUGUGAGGAAAACAGUAAUUCGGUGCGACUUGCAGAGAACAACAGGGAUAUAGGGAUGAGUUUUCUCUAAACUCUGACAACUCGUUUGAACUCGGUGGGUUUCACGGUGAGUUUUGCUCUGAUUUUGGCACAGGACGUCCCCCAAAACCAACGAUGUCCCAGUCAGAGCAGAAAGAAACCGCAGACAAGCCGACAGUGAGCUCGGAACCGGAACCUAAAAGUGCUUCUGUGAACCCCAGAGCAGUCUGUAGCGUGUGCAAACACUUGUACCGGGAGCCCAAAAUCCUCCCCUGCCUGCACACCUUCUGCUCCGACUGCAUCGGGCAGCUGGAGCCGUUUUCGGUGUCUCCGCGGGGCCGCUUCACCUCACAGGAGGCGGCGGAACAGGACCGAGACUCCCUCUCGUUCACCGUGCUCUGCCCCGAGUGUGACACCGAGGUGGAUAUCCCUCAGUCCGGACCGGCCGGGCUCAGCACAGACCACCUGGCGCUGGACGAGGUAUUCCUAGAGACCCUGGUGAGCGACGGCCCGCUGGGCUGCGACCUGUGCGGCGAAGGAAGCGCCGAGAGCCGCUGCGAGGUGUGCAGCCUGAACCUGUGCGAGUUCUGCCGCCAGGCACACAGGUGGAGUAGGCCCUACUUUCUGGACUGUUUCUCAAGGAGUCUGACAAAGUUACUAAAUCUGUUUUAUUACAGAUGGUUAAAUAAAACUUUACAUUUAUCGACUGUCAUGGCGAGGAUCGAGCUGGUCAGAUUGGUUCGUGUGGAGCGACUGGAGGACUCGCUGCAAAAGGUGGAAAUUUCUCAAGAAAAUUUGCAGGUUCGAGUAGAUGAAACCGCCAAUCAGAUUAGAGCUUUCUCGCGAGAGUACGCCAGCGCUGUGGAGGCUCACUGCUUGUCUCUGCUGCGCCGCCUGGAGGAGAUCAGGGUACAGCGCAGAAACCACCUCCUCCUGCAGAGGGCGCAGCUGCAUCAGGCCCUGCUUGACGUCAGAGGGAGCGUGGAGUUCGCGGAGCGGCUGCUGAGCUGUGGCUCCGAUGCAGAGAUCCUCAGCGCUAAAGGAGUGACCCUGAGAAGACUGACCAGCCUGGCGGAGAGUGGGUACGACCCCCACCCAGCGACAGUUGCCCCUGACGAUGGCGGCAGUGUCUGCUUCCUGCCCAGGGAGCCGGCAGGAGAGGUGGAAGGAUACCCGUUGGUGGGCGUGAUCCACUCCAGGACAGUGGACGUCAGCAGGUGCACCGUUGAAGGAGAAGGUCUGCAGCAGGGAACGGUAGCUCAGCGGGGACAUUUCACUCUGGUGUGUCGGGACUCCGGUGGGGAGCAGUUGGCUCGAGGAGGCGAACACGUCCUGGUCAGCCUCAUCCACAAAGAGAAGAAGAACUGCACAGUGGAGACGAUAGUGGUAGACAACAGUGAUGGAAGCUACAGCGUCUCUUACAGAGCAGAGGAACCAGGAGAGUACUCUGUGUGGGUCUGUGUCAGAGCCCAACAUGUUAAGGGUUCUCCAUUUAUUCUGAAUGUGCAGAGGAAGUUCAGGCAGCACAACGGGACUUUUCACUGCUGCUCCUUCUGCUCCAGCGGAGGCGCUAAAGAGGCUCGCUGUGGCUGCCCAGGAACCAUGCCAGGAGGAUUUAAAGGCUGCGGUCACGGCCACAAGGGACAUCCAGGGAGGCCCCACUGGUCCUGCUGUGGCAGCACAGCGGAAACGUCUGAGUGUUUGCCUCAGAGCAUACUGGCCGCAGUUUCCCCUCGUGGACACCUGAGAACUGUGGAGCUCUGAUGGGGAGUGGAGGUGAAGCAGCAGCAGAUCAGAGGAUCUGAGAGGUAAAACUCAGGCUGCAGGUGAACACAGGACCGUCAAGCUGCUUUUCAUUUCUUGGACUCCAAAUCAUGAGAAAUACUGGAUAUUAUACAAACAGUGGAACUUUUUAUUUUUUAAAAUAAUCUAAAGGCAAGAAAAAGAUUCUUAACUUGCAGCAUAUUUAAAAACAAUCCUAGUGAUGUACAUCUUUAGUGAAAUAGUUCCAUUAACGACGGCAAUAAUCUGAAUACUUCUACACUAAACAUUUACUUUUUCCUUGGAUUUCCAAGUGUUACAACAUGGCAGCUGUGCAGCAGACUGUAUCAGGUGAAAGCACAGAUAUAUUGUAAGAUCUGGAUUUUUUUAAAUGAUAAAAUUAUGCAGGUCAUGAGAACAUUUUUCCCAGAAUGAUGAUUAUGUUAAAACGUAUCUUCUCCCCAACUGCAGCUCGGUUUCUAUACAUGAGCAGAACUUUAAAUUCUUCUACUGAACUUAUUACACACCUGUUCGCCUUCGAAGGAUGUUUCCUGAUGCUUCAGAUCUUUGUCAUAAAUUCAAACUACAUAGAGGAACUUUUAUUCAUUUGUUUUGGUCUUGCAGUUGUAUUCAAAUGUUCUGUAAAGCUGUUCAUCUGAUGAUACAAGAGAUCAUUGGUAAACAUUUCUCACUAACUCCCUCUUUCUGUCUUUUUAAUGUUGCUUCAGACACUUAAUGCAGAUCCUAAACAUUUACUAGUAAUCCUCUUAUUUUGUAUGUAGGCUGUAUGUAUGUUUUUAUAUGGACACUGCAGUUCUCCUUGUUGAUUUGGGGUUGGUUGAUUUUGUUCACUUUUGUUGAUGUUUACAUAAAGUUAUGAAAAUCAAUUUUAAAAAAAAGUAUCUUCAUUUUUAAGCGCUGUUAUCACAUCAGACCAGGGUGUCCAAACUUUUAGUCACAUGGACCAAAAUCGUCAAGUCAAAAGUAUCACGUUCCACUGAGGUUCUGUUGAGUCUAUAACGUUAUGAGAAGAAACAUAACAGAUGCUAUAGUCAAUGGAUGCUAUAGUCAAUGGAUGCUAUAGUCAAUGGAUGCUAUAGUCAAUGGAUGCUAUAGUCAAUGGAUGCUAUAGUCAAUGGAUGCUAUAGUCAAGCUAUAUAAAUCAAUGGGUCUUUGCUUCAAUAUGGAGUUAUAGUUGCCUCUUCUCAGGUAUUUUGUUGGCCUGAAUUGACUUUGUUUAUUGAGUUGUGUGACUGAACCAAUUCACAGUAAAACAGAUGUGACCUGAUUUUUUUCUUUUCUUAAAGUGUUCACUGCAUGUCACCCAUUUAAAGUACAUUUUGCAUGAGCAUGAAAAAACGGAAACUUCCCUUUUAUGGCUGUUGUUCAUUUUCACAUGCAGGAACAUAAAAUCAGGGCUGCAGCAUGGAUUCUUUUCCACGGACUGAUUAUAUAAUGUGUCAGUCCAACGGGGACGUAGUUGACUUUGACCAUGUUUUGUUUUGUUUUGUGUCCUUGUUAUCAGAAUUUAAAGUUUUUAGGGCCUGCAUUAGACUUUCUGUGGUCACUUUGGUUGUCUUUAUCUUGUCCGUUGCUGUUCCUUGUUUUCAUCAUGUCACUCUUAGAUUCUGAGACAAAGAGUGAUCAUCUAGUUUUAAUAAUCAUCAUCAUCGUCAUUAUGGAAGAGUUGUGGUCUGUUCUUACUGCAACGUGCAUUUAUUCUCACUUUAAGAUCCAACAACAUUUCAGUGAAAUGAACUCUUAAAUGUUUCCACUAAGUUAUUUAAUUUGAACAUGACUUUUUUAGAGUGCCGGAGAAGGCACUCUACCCGGAAAAGGGUAGAGUGCCU